AUGUCAACGCCACCAACACUACAGCAAGUAGAACAAACCCCACUAGACAUGGGGGCAAACAUUGGAUGGGUGUUGUUGUCUACUGCAUUAGUAUGGUUGAUGAUACCAGGUCUUGGAUUUUUUUAUAGUGGUCUGGCAAGAAGGAAAAACGCCCUAUCACUUGUAUUUAUGUGUAUUUUGUCUAUUCCUAUUGUUUCAUUUCAAUGGUUCGUGAUAGGGUAUAGUUUAGCUUUUAGUCCGACAGGUGGCCCAUUUAUUGGCAAUUUUGAUCAUGCACUUUUAAGAGGCGUUGUGACCAAGCUUUGA